UUUGGCAGCCAUUUGCUAUCAUUUCAACGCUAACAGUGCAUCCAGACUAAAGAGAUGGCUCUGCUGAUGGAGCACCAGUUCAAACAGCUCCCAGCUGACAGGCAGGUGGAAACAAGGCCAUUUCUGGAGGCUGUGUCUUACCUUCCACCUUUCUUUGACUGCCUCGGGUCUACUGUAUUUGCACCGAUAAAAGCUGAUAUAUGCGGUAACAUCACAAAAAUAAAGGCAGUUUAUGAUACCAAUCCUGGACGCUACAAGACGCUUCAGAUGAUUUUAGAGGCAGAGAAGGAAAUGCAUGGAAGUGAAUGGCCCCAAGUUGGAGCUACGUUAGCACUUAUGUGGCUCAAAAGGGGUCUCAGAUUUAUCCAAGUGUUUCUCCAGAGCCUGGCGGACGGGGAAAAGGACAACAGUAACCCCAACCUCAUCCGAGUCAAUAUCACCAAAGCUUAUGAAAUAGCUCUUAAAAGGUAUCAUGGGUGGUUUGUUCAGCAGCUCUUCAAGGCAGCUCUUUAUGCUGCUCCCUACAAGUCAGAUUUCCUGAAGGCACUUUCCAAAGGUCGGGAGGUCAAGGAGGAAGAAUGCUUGGAGAAAAUCAGAAAGUUCCUCAUUAACUUCUCUGCCACAGUGGAUGCUGUUUAUGACAUAUUUAAUAGAAUGAACGCUGAUCUCGACUACAAGGUGUGACGGCUGGGGGUCUCAGUCAGCUACGUUACGGCUUCCUUUGAGUUAUCUGACUGUCACGAGGGAAAUCCAUUAUCAACGUCCUGUUGUUUUGAAAUCCGAUUUAAAUUAAGAAAUCUUUUAAUUCUCUAUUUGCUAUUCCUGUUCCAUCACUGUAUUUAUUUGAUAAUUUGGGUCCUCUUACUGUAGGAUAGAAGGUUGCACACGAUCCUACAAUAAUUUGUGAUUCUAAUCUAAUCCUAACUAAUCUACAAAAGUGCAAGUCAAUGUAACCAUCAUUAAAAUUUUCUGUGCCGUGUUUGUUUUUGUCAUGUUUUGUCUUCCUGUGGAUUUCUUUGACUGUUAACAUUUUUUAAGGAAUGUCUCUCUACUGUUAAUCACAUAUUGUUGUCCUAAGCAGACAUCAUAUGUGAUUAAAGUGGCCACGCCACCUUUGUUGCUUUCCUCUGUCUUAUUUGUGUUCUUUUUAUUUAA